AUGGACGAAACACAAAGAAUUCAGGAAGCCAUGGCGGUGGUACUGAGCCAUACCAACCCCCCUUGCCCCCGCAAGAUCACCCCUAAACUCAACCCUGCGAACGCCCGAAAGUGUGGAUUCAAGGGGACCAAUAUUUAUGGCGGCGACCUCCGUACAUUGGAAGCAAACAAUGAGGGCCACACUCCAGAGGAUGUAUGCGAGUAG